AUGGCUGGAAAAUUGCUUUUAUCUCUUAUUUCUCUAUCUCUGCUCCAGGGAGCAUUUGCUUCCCCUACCCGACUUGAGGCCAGAGUGAGUGGCACUUUAGAUUCUUGGAUUGCCGAGGAGAGUCCAUUUGCUCUGAAGGGAAUCCUCGCGAAUACUGGCUCGUCCGGGUCUCAGGCUGCUGGUGCAUCGUCUGGCAUCGUGGUUGCAAGCCCGAGCAAAAGCAACCCUGACUAUUUCUAUACCUGGACUCGCGAUGCUGCUCUAACAAUGAAGCAACUCAUUGAACAGUUCAUUGCAGGAGACACAUCCUUGCAGAGCAUAAUUGAAGACUAUAUUAGUUCUCAGGCACAUAUCCAGACCGUGUCCAACCCAUCUGGAGAUCUGUCUACAGGUGGUCUCGGGGAACCCAAAUUCUAUGCGAACACGACCGCUUUUACCGGAGCUUGGGGCCGUCCGCAACGAGAUGGGCCUGCGCUUCGAGCUACAACUUUGAUUGCGUAUGGCCAAUGGCUAGUGGAUAAUGGAUACACCUCCUUAGCACUGAGCAAUGUUUGGCCGAUUGUUCAAAAUGACCUUGCCUAUGUCACGCAGUACUGGAACCAGACAGGUUUUGAUCUUUGGGAAGAAGUCAACGGCUCGUCAUUCUUCACAAUUGCGGCUCAGCACCGUGCUCUAGUCGAAGGGGCUAAUUUUGCAAAGUCUGUGGGCAAAUCUUGCGCUGACUGCAUCUCUCAAGCUCCACAAGUGCUUUGUUAUUUACAAUCUUUCUGGACCGGAAGUUACAUCCUAGCAAACUUCGACAGCAGUCGUUCCGGUAAGGAUGCUAACAGUUUGUUGGGUUCUAUCCACACAUUUGAUCCCGAAGCAGCUUGCGAUGACAGUACUUUCCAGCCGUGUUCAUCCAGAGCUCUGGCGAAUCAUAAAGUUGUUACCGAUUCAUUCAGAUCAGUUUAUGAUAUCAACAGUGAUAUCGACGCAGGAAAAGCUGUAGCUGUAGGUCGAUACCCCGAAGAUUCCUACAUGGGUGGUAAUCCCUGGUGGCUAUGCACAUUUGCUGCUGCGGAGAUACUCUAUGACGCUUUGUACCAGUGGAACAAGACCGGAACCAUCACUAUCGACAGCACGUCGCUGGACUUCUUCAAGGGUGUAUACUCCUCUGCUGCAAUUGGUAACUAUUCUUCAUCAUCGACAGCCUAUUCGAGCAUCAUUUCCGCUGUAAAGACUUAUGCCGAUGGAUACUUGAGCAUUGCACAAAAUUAUGCUCCUUCAAACUUGACCUUGUCUGAGCAAUUCGACAAAAGCACUGGCGCGUCGAUCUCUGCUGCAAACCUUACUUGGUCUUAUGCAGCAUUCUUGUCUGUUGUUAACCGCCGCAACGCAGUGGUACCAGCAGCUUGGGGUGAAACCUCUGCCAGCAGCGUACCUGCGACCUGUGCCCCGACUUCAGUUACUGGUACUUACAUUACCCCAACGGCUACUAACUGGCCUACCACUCUUAGUGGUUCUUCUUCUGCUGUGGCAACUACUACUGCUUUAACCAGAAAAUCAAAAGGUAAGGCCAGCCGUCCUAGUACCCCUGCCAGCACUGCUUUUAAGUCAUCAGUCAAAAAAACCCUUGGAACCAGCAUAUCAUAUCCCAUCGCAACAAAAGUCGCCAUCAAUUCCGCGUGA